ACGGACGUGUUGCGGGCCGGUCAAAUAUCUAUUAUUGCACCAACGUGAUAGCGCGUAUCGUAUUCAAGUCUAACUCGAUAGCCGUUAGUUACAAAAACUUAAAUUUGUUCAACCUUAAAAUGAGUACCAAAUGUGUAAUCUGUGAUAAAAAUGUUUCGUUGGCAACAAAAGGGAAAAUACAUUGCAAUGAUUGUGAUGGCAUUUUCCACGGAGAUUGUCUAAAUCUAACACAGGAAGAUAUAGAUCACCUAAUCGGUGAAAAAGCAAUAUGGAGGUGUGGUGAUUGCCAAACAAUACGUAGGAAAAGCUUGUGUGUGGAUACUUCUUCUAAGAUGGCAGGAUCUGAGGAAAUUUUAAGUUAUCUGCGAGAAAUGAGAGAAGAGUCGAAAACACAAAUGGAGAAGCUGGAAAGUGAUCUAGGAAAAUCAGUCGAAGGAUGCCACGAGCAAAUCGCAGAGCUACUCAAAAUUACCGAGGAGCAAUCGAAACUCUUAAGGGAGUAUGAUAAAAAAUUUGAAGUGUUGCGGCAGGAAAACGUUAACCUGAAGGAAAAAGUAAAAUCCCAAGAAGAGAAAAUCGACGAAUUGGAACAGUAUUCGAGAGUGAACUGUGUGGAAAUAAAUGGUAUACCAGAAUCCAAAAAUGAGGACGUGUUAAAUAUCGUUAAAAGCGUCGGGACUGCUCUAGAGAUAAAUGUGAGUGAUGGAGAUGUUGAUGCAUGUCAUCGUUUGGGAACAAAACAAGAAGGAAGAAUCCGAGGGAUCAUCGUGAAGUUCGUUAGGAGAGCAACAAAAGAAGAGUUCCUGAGAAAAAGGAAGAUAAAACGAAACUUAAACACCAGCGACAUUGGAAGUACAAAUUACCCAGCCGAUGUUGUCUACAUAAAUGAAAGUUUGAGCCCAGUGCGAAGAAAAGUGCUUGCUGCCGCAAGAUCUGUCAAGCGUGACCAUGGCUAUAAGUUCGUUUGGGUGAAAAACGGAAAAAUCUUCUUACGCAAAAAUGAAGGCGACAAGGUCAUCGUUCUUACAAACCUGGAGCAAGUAGCAAUGUUAAAUGGCAAGUAACGUUUUAAAAUUAGUAUACAAUUUUUGUUUUAUGUAAAAUGGUAGUCUUAGAAAGCAAUACUUUUAAUUUAUAUGAGAAUGAUGUAAUUAUAGUACAGCAAAAUAUUAGAAGUAUAAGAAAAAAUUUUGAUGAGUUUAUCUUAAAAUUACAGAAUUUAAUUACGUUACCUCACGUUAUUAUAUUAACCGAAAUAUGGGUAAAAUCCCACGAACUAAGUAUGUACACCAUCCCAAAAUUUUCAAUGUAUGCAAACUGUAAUCAAAAUUAUAGAGCAGGUGGUGUUAUUAUCUAUGUAACCGACGAGUUAGAGAAUCGUGUUAUGGUAAGCCCCGAAAUGAAAACAGCAGAUAAAGUACAUGUGCAAAUAAGUAUAUCUGAAAGCAUUUGUUUAGAUGUGAUAGGCAUGUAUAGAUUACAAGCGUUUCAUGAAGAAUGUUUUGUGGAUGAACUAUGUAAUAUAUUGACAGUAAUUAAAAACAAAAAUCUUGUGUUGAGUGGAGAUAUCAAUAUAGACUUAUUAAAAAAAUCGAGUAAUGUAGAUAACUAUUUAAUUAACAUGUCAAACUUUGGGUUAGAGUCUCUCAUACACGUUCCAACUAGAAUAAAUUCGAGUUCCAAUACGUUAAUUGACCAUCUUUUUGUUAGGUGUAACGGAAAACUUAUCAUAUGUAGUAGUAUGGUAAUUGAUUCCCAAAUUACUGAUCAUUGUAUGACAGCCCUUUGUAUAAAAUGUGAACGAAAUAAAAAUAUUAAAAUGA